GCACGGGUAACGUCAUCGUUAAAAAAAAAACAGGAAAUUCAAGCCAAAAGCUCGGGGGCAAGGAGCUUCUCCAACCAGUGCAACCACCGACGCCUCACGCCUCUCACAUCCCCGCCCGUCCCCGGAUAGGCGCUGCCGCACUCCCUGACCUUCCCCACCCAAAUCGACUCCGCCACCGCCCGGAUCCACGCGGCGCCGUCCCGGAUCGACGUGCUGCCGCGACAGAUCGCGCGCCGCCGUCCGGAUCGAGAGACACCCGCCGCGAGACCUCCGCGCUGGCGCCGUUCGGGAAGGAAGGAGGAGGCUACGGAGAGGGCGCAAGCUAAGCCGCGGGUGUCGAGCUCCAGGAGAUCGCGCGGGCGUGGCGUGGCGUUGCAUGCCGACCGCCGAGCUCUGGUGAGACUGAGAGUAAGGCUCAUCCGCUCCUCCUCGCAAGCAGCGGCUGAUCCACGAGCAAGGGGCUGCGCCGAAUCGCCGGCCAUGAAGUGCCGCUCCGAUUCGUCAGGCGGUGGCGACGACCCCCGGCCCCCGCCGCCCGCUGCCACGGGCGUUGGCGGCUCGCCCUCGGGCGAGCCGAGUAAGAAGCAGCGGACGGAGGAGCCGCCCCCAGGCUCCAGCGUGGCGGGCGAGUGCUCGUCUUCGUCCACGCAGGCUCCGCUGGCGCCGCUGUUGCCGCAGGAAGCAAGAGUGGGCGAUCCGGCGCCGCCGCCGCCGCCAGGUCCCGAGUCCGGAGGGGGCGAGCAGGUGAUGAGGGUGCCGGAUCUCGGGGAGGACCUGGUGUUCGAGGUGCUGAUGCGGGCGGAGGCCCGGACGCUGGCGGCCGCGGCGUGCGUGAGCCGCGGGUGGCGCGUGCUGGCGCGGGACGAGCGGCUGUGGGAGGCGGCGUGCGUGCGGGAUUGGGCCUACACUGGGUCCUCCGAGCAGAUGCUUCGCACCGUCGUGCUUUCGCUCGGCGGCUUCCGGCGCCUGCACGAGAUGUACAUCCGGCCGGUCCAGCAGCGUGCUGCUGGAGCGCCGCCGCCUGGGCAGCAGCAGAGGCGGCAGUUGCCGGUGAGGAUGGGCCGGGAUCAGGUCCAAGUCUCACUGUCUCUGCUCUCGACCUCGUUCUUUCUGAAUAUGCCUAAUGCUCCUCCACCACCUCCUCCUAAGGACAAGGAUAAAGAUAGAGAUAAGAAUGGAGGUGGCCAAUGUGGGUGAUCACUGAUCAAGUUUAUGAAAAAUAGGAGACUACCUCCCAUGCAGCAUCACCACUAGCUGCUUAUGUAAUGUCAGGCAAUUAGAUUGUGGUUCUUCACUGCAUUUGUGGGAGUAAAAUAAGUCACUUGGAUUGGUGGGCAGAGAAGAGUAUGCAGAUAGGUGCGGAUGUACUAAUAGGGAGGCAAAUUUAAGCUAAUGAGAUUGGAUGGAAUGGAAUGCAAUGGUGUAUUGGAUGACUACCAAGUCUGUGUGUUGUACCUAAAUUACACAUGAUCGGCUAAUGUGUAAAGUUUCCAUGACAUAUAUGUGAUGUGCCAAGAGAGAUGCAUCAUGCUCUUUGUGCUGUUGUGCCAUGGUGUUUUAGCUUAUAAUAUCUUAAUCAAUGUGAGGAAUAGCUGAGAUGUUGAUUUGUGUAACUAAAAUUCAGUUUAUUCCUGUGUCUGCAUGAUGUAUAUGACGCAACGGCUGUAUACUGAUUGCCAAUGUUUAUUUGGACGAAAUAUGAUUUUCUUAAACUGAAAAUUUAAAUAUAAUUCAUGCAUGUUUGGCACAGUUGUUUUGUUUGUGGGUUCAUGUACUUCAUGUCAGUUGGAUCCAUCCGUCGCUUUGGUAUUUUUCUUUCUCACAUCAUGCAUCCAAAUUUUGAUCUUCUUUCCCAAUCAUUUAUAUUUAUUUAGGUAAAUCUGUGAUUUUUGUAGGAUAAAGUAAACAAAAUUGUUUCACUGUUUAGGUAAAUCUGUUUUCUUUUCCCUUGAAAUUCCAGUUGACCUUUGGUGGACUGGUAGAAACUAUACACAGUGAUGGUGUCGCUGCCUGGUGAGCUUUCCCGUGAGGAAAAAGUUUCACAUGGCUAAGCUUGCAGAGCAGGCUGAGAGUAUCAAGAGAUGAGUUCAUGGAGAAGGUGACUGAGAAAGUUGAUUCUGAGGAGCUUACUGUGGAGCAGAGCAACCUUCUGUCAGUUGCCCACAAGAAUGUCAUUGGAGCCCAAUGUGCCUCUUGGUGCAUCAUAUUGUCCGUUGAGCAGAAGGAAGAAGGCCAUGGCAAUGAGGACCAUGUCACUCUCAUCAAGGACUACUGUAGCAAGAUUGAAGUUGCAUCCAGCAAGGUCUGUCCUCAAGCUCUUUGAUUCCACCUUGCCCCAUCAUCUACAACUCCAAAGUCCAAGGUCUUCUACCAAUGAUGAAGGGUGACUAGUACAGUGUACAGGUAUUAUACUAUUAUGAUAAUACUAUCGGCAUUUCAGUUUCCUGUAAAUUCUGUUUUGCUGCACUGCUGUAUCUUUUAGGUUGAAUCCAGGUGUAUCAGGUAGCAUGUGGAGUUUAAAACUGGAUCUAAGAAGGAUGCAGCGGAGAACACCAUGGUGGCAUACAAAGCUGCUCAGAGUUGGUCCCCAUCAUCCUAUUAGGCUUGGGCUGGUGCUCAACUUCUCAACUCUCCUGACCGUGCUUACAAUUUCACCAAUCAGGUUUGUUUUCUAGAUCCAUUACAUGAACUGUAUACUGUAUUUUUUUUUCUUUUUCUGCGAUCCUUAUGAAAAUAUGAUCUGAAUGCGAGCUGUGUGAAAAUAUGAACUGAUUUUAUUAUGCAUUUCACAGUUCAGACAACUGUUAGUCUAAUAACCUGGCUUUAUCUAUAACUUGUAACUAGUACAACAUAUUAGUAUUUUUUAUAAACUUGUGUAAGCAACUGAAGGUUAAUUGAAUAUCUAAACUGCUGAUGAAGAAUUGAAGAUAGUGAUAAGGCAUUAUGAUCAACUAAAUAAUAAUUCUAAGGUUCUUAAUAAACAAAAAAUGUAGAUUACUCUAAGUGACAAGUGAUGAUAAAAAACAGCAAGCUUAAGCAAAACACAUGUUCCUUCUACAGUUCGGGAAUCUUUAGGAUAGUAACCUUACAUUUCUUCUGGUGGAGUUAAUUUUCUCGGUUCAGUGGUUCACCCAAAAAACCAAAAAGUCACCCAAAAAACCAAAAAGUUUUCAAGAUUCCCCGUCACAUCGAAUCCUGCGGCACAUGCAUGAAGCAUUAAGUAUAGACGAAAAUAAAAACUAAUUACACAGUUUGCCUGUAAAUUGCGAGACGAAUCUUUUGACCCUAGUUAGUCUAUGAUUAGAUAAUAUUUGCCACAAACAAACGAAAAUGCUACAGUAGCGAAAUCCAAAAAAAUUUCACAUAAACAUUUCAUAAGUGGACCCUCCUUUUCUUUCUUGCCCUUGAUCUAUCCAAGGCCUCAGCAUCUCAAACUCAGCCCUUUUCUGGCAUAGUAGGGCCGUACUCUCGGUCUUGGUCUCUUAAUUCUACUAUAUAUGUUUGUGUAAUGCUUUUGAUGAGGCCAUCUUGGAGCUGGAUACUCUGAGCGAGGAAUCAUUCAGCUUAACCCUGUGGACUUCCGUCAUCUUGGAGGAAGGCACCGAAAAAAAAAUCAAAGAGGAUCCCAAGGGUGAGUUCGGAAAUGGGCAGUAAAGAUGAUCUAUGUGCCUACAUUUCAGUAUGCAACUGGUGAAUCGGACUUGUGCUCCGGGUUCUUGUUUGGUCGAUAUAGGUUGUAUUGUGCUUCUGGUAGCUGGAAUUGGAGUCCCAUUGUGCUGUCUGCUGUGCUAGAAUGGCUUACAGGCAGUCAGGCACCCAGCUGCUUGGCAGGUGGCGUCAAGCUACAAUUGGUUGAGGAUGCCUUUAUUUAUUAUUUUUAACAUUCGUGUCACUUUGUAUAAUUGUAGAUUUGAAUCUUCCUCUCUAUAUUCGUCUGUUUCCUGUUGUUGA